UGCCAACCAAACAGCUUCUUCUGUGUUUAAACUUAUUAUUCGAAGAUGUCUUCAGACUUUGAGACCUACGAGCAGGAUUUUGGGACUAUCACCGCAGAAGUAACGAACAAAAUUGGCAAAAUUCCUAAACUAAGUGGAGAGGAGAAGACACAGCUGGUUCUAAAUGUCGACAAACAGCUUGAAGAAGUCAAAGAGUUGCUUGAGCAGAUGGACCUGGAGGUGCGAGAGAUCCCCAUCCAGAGCCGCGCCAUGUACAACAGCAGGCUGAAGAGCUACAAGCAGGAGGUGGAGAAGCUCGAGAAAGACUUCGCCAAGGAAGGACAUGGUACUCGGUUCGAGAGGAAUCUGGUAGAAAAAAGAAAAGGUCACGUAUUGCCUACAGUGAUGAGGUGCGCAACGAGCUCCUGGGGGAUGACGCCAUCUCCUCGGAGAGCCAGAGAGCGCAUCUGUUGGACAACACAGAAAAACUGGAAAGGUCAUCUCGGAGACUGGAGGCCGGCUAUCAGAUUGCAGUGGAAACUGGUCACAGUAACAAAAAAAGAUACCCCCUGCCUUGGUGCAUGCAGGAGAAAAAAGUGUAGCAUUGACCUCUGUCUGACACAGAGAAAACUGAGGGAAGAGCGGGAAACGGAAAAAGAGGGAGAGAGGGAAGAAAACAACAGCAUGAGCGACGGAGGGGGAGAGAGAGCUAAGACAACAACUGUGAAGAGCCGCAUAGGGUUAAAGAAAAACAGUUUCAGAAGGAAAUGGGAGACAAAAGCAAGGACUCGCAGCCCCCCUAUGGGCGCUUUAAAGAGCCGCUACAUCUGAGACGCUGAAAUAUUAAAAGCAGAAAGGACGGACAAAUAAAUGAAUAAUACAAAAAAGGAAAAAAAAAGAACAGGAGUGGAACUGAUAGACAAUGGUGCCACCUUGUCAUUAGGGAAUAUUUAUCAAGAAUAUUAAUCUGGUGAUGAAAAUAACUCUGUGAUUGAGAAAAUAAUUGACAAGACGUUAAAUAAAACAGACUUUUAUCUGAAACUAGAGGCAGGAAUUCAAGUGAAAGGAGAGUUACCAAUAAAAUAAUUUUAUUUUUUAUUUUGUCAUUUCGACAACAAUAAAAAAGUACUAUUAAAACACAAUCCUGCCUCACUUUAGCUACAUAGUCUUUUCUUCUGCAGUAUCAACAUUAUAUCUUGAGAUAAGAAAUUGCUUUCAGCUUUUUUUUAUUACAGCAGCAACAGUUUUAUUUUACUCUUUUUUUGUGUAAAAAUAAAAUAAAAUGUAUCCGUGACAUAUUUCACAAAAGUGAACUUUUAGCCACUUUUGACUUUGUUUUAUGAAUGAAUGGCAGAAAAACAGAAAAACAGAAAAAAAGCCAAAAAGAAAAACAAACUUAACUUUUAUUUCUUUAUUAUGCAACAGUAAAAUUAGGGUUAAAUGUAACUGUAUUCAUUUAUUGCAAAAGAUGAAUAAAUAUGUCUAAACAAAUUGAUUAAUUAAAUAUGGAAUGUUUUCCCACACUGUUCACAAGUACUUAAAAGUUGUUUUAUUCAUUUUAAAAUGCCUGUUUUUAAGCCUCAAAUUGAGCAAAAAAAAAAAUAUAUUUUUUUUUCAUGAAAAGAUGCAAAUAACAGUCAUAUCCUUGAAGGCGUUUUCCCUGUUACUCACAUACUAAGAAUGUAUAAACUUGAACACGAUAAUUUGGUGCUUUUAAAUAUUUAUGUGGAGUUUUUAGAAAAAUUAUAAUUUGAAAACCUUCUUUAUUGAAUUGAUCAGAUUUUUUUUAUAAAUAAUCUUUGCUCCUAUAUUAAUAACAUAUAUGCCAUAGAGUAGUAAAAACUGUGUUUAUGGGAUUUUUAUUCUGUUAAUCACAUUGUUUUCACUUCUAAAGAAUCUUUCUCAUCUGGACUGAUUAAGUUUCUGAUAUGUUGUGUCAAUUCUCAUUUCACCAGAUAAAGUCUGAAAACUGUUAAGUGGCAUGUUUUGCAAUAAAAAAAAGGCUCACACUUUUAGAUGUAAAUAACCUAUGGUGUAAAUAUGGAAAUCAACAACUGAUCAUGAAUCCUGCAUAAAUGAAUGUUGGCUGCAGCCUUGAGGCUACUAUUUGAUCCUGUGUUGGAAAGCCAUAUAGAGCUAAAUGUGGUUUUUGCUCAUUAAAAAAAAAAAAAAAAAUCUGCAUCUUCUAUAGACUUUCUCAGAACAUAUCAACCCUGCACGAUGCACAAUUAUAGCGUCCAACCACAGUGAAGCACAUUAGCCCUCUCCGUCUGUUCCUCGCCUCUCUGUUGCUCUGUGGUAACCCCUAGAAGCACACCUCCCAUCCUCUGUCAAAGAAGCCUCCUCCUUGGCCGUUCUGCGCCCAUCUGACGGGGCGCCGGCCCAUUUAAGACACCCGGGGAACAUGAAACGAAGCCGGUCCGAGAUGUCAGCUGGUUGCCCCAUCUGUCAGUCAGUGGGAUGGUAAAGCUGCUGUCCUGGGGGGUAACCUUAGGAGUGCUCUGUGUCCCGUUCAGGCAUGUUUUCUAGGCGAUUUGUGUUUGUGUGUGUGUGUAUGGGAGCAGGGGAUUCUGCUUUGCAGUUUUGAGCAAGCAGGAGGCUGACAUUGUUUUAAUCUACACGUCUGGUGACGUGUUGAUCAAAAUGACCACAGUUUACAUUUGUAACAUCAGAGUGUAGUAACAGUUUGUUUAAACCGUUUUAAAUGACAUUUUUUUUAGGAAUUUGUUGUAUUCAUCUUAUAUGAAUCAAUUUAUCCGGAUUGAAGUUAAGUCAUCAGCAGAUGUAAGAGAGUUGUCAGAUUUUUAAAUUACCUGGAUUUUGCUUUCUCUGCAAAAAAUAAAAAAUAAAAUAAAAUAAACCCUAACAAAAAGAAAGUCUCUGACUCCCUUAUAAAUGAACCAAAGUAGUGACUCGAUGUUGAGUUGAAGCAACAAUUUCUAUUCAUGCAUUCUCACUUUUGGUAGAUAGGCUGCGCCCUUGAGCUUCUUUAGGAUGGAGUUGCUGCCUGUUCGCUCUCCUGUAAGACGGUCCUGAAAGAGAGCCUCUGUAAAUGCACACAUACACACACAUGUAGUCAUGCGGAUGGACCUGUGUGAGUUCCUAAAAAGAAGAUGUUUGCACAGUCAACACAAACUAAUUUAUUUAGUUUGGCUCAUGAGAUUGUGCAUGUCCAGGUUAUCUAGUUUAUAUCUGUCUUUUGCCUGUCUUUAUCCAUGGAUCUUUUUGUUUUUAUAUGUGCAUGCUCCAUUUACUGUGCAUUUAAGUUGUAACAUGAUCAUCUAAAAUUAUAUUUACAGCAACAAAAUCUUCUUCUCUUGUCCUGUCAGUUUUUCUUUUUUUUUUUUUUUGGUGUCUUUGCUUGUUGACCUCUGCGUUGCAAACUUCUUUUAAGUAUUCCAGACAGCCCCCAUGUUCACAUCAGUCGGUCUCGCCACAUGACGUGGUAGCUGUAGUCCUGAAGGGCUGAUGUAUGCGCAGUUAUGCGGCGGCAAGUCCUCAACGAGAACUUCUAUGAUCUCGGGUUACUCAACCAUCAAUCGGGGCCAACCGCGGCGCACUGUUCUGUCGCCCAUCUUUUAAAGCGCAGUUGUGAAAGACUGACUAAGACGGCCUAAGGGACACCUUCCUCGGUCUGGCACAUCUCAAAUUUGAUGUGCGUAGGUGCCUAGUUACAACUUACACACAGAACAAAGUUGAUGCAUUGAUGUAGACUUUUGAAAAUGUUUGACGAAGGCCAUUUGAUCGCGGGGAUGUUCUUUUUGGUAUUUUUAAAAAAUCAUUUUUGCAAUUUUGUGAGAGGGGGAUUUGUUUGAGUGAUUUAUCAAUUUGCUACUUGAAUUCUCAUCAUUCUCUGCCCUUAGCUACAUUACGAAGGUGCAGGAGAUUAACAGAAGAAAUUAAAAAACAUCAUCUUAAGAAUGUAUAAACUUUUGAUUUGUAUGUGGAGUAUCUUAAAUGUCUUAUUUUAUUGCUCCUCUGUGAUGAUUCAAGUUGAUAAUAGAAAUAAUCAAAUAUGAAUUGUUAAAAUGUUUUGGCAAUCAUAAAUGCAGCUCUCUUAGAAAGAGAAAAGAUACAAAAAUAUUUUGCAGACAACACUUUAGAAUUAAAAUGUACCUCCAGAAUGAGACUUACUUGAAAAAUGUAGACUAAUUAAAAAUAUGUGGGCAGACAGACUUCAGUAAAACAGUUGUGCAAGAAAGUGGUAUCAACGCAUCAAAAAGAAAUAUAUAAUAAUUGAACUUUCUCUUUAAAACAAAUACCC